AUGCAGGUUGUUGAAACCUCGCCAAGAGAUGUUGUUGAAACCUCGCCAAAAGAUGUUGUUGAAACCUCGCCAAGAGAUGUUGUUGAAACCCCGCCAAGAGAUGUUGUUGAAACCUCGCCAAGAGAUGUUGUUGAAACCCCGCCAAGAGAUGUUGUUGAAACCUCGCCAAGAGAUGUUGUUGAAACCCCACCAAGAGAUGUUGUUGAAACCCCACCAAGAAAUGUUGUUGAAACCUCGUCAAGAGAUGUUGUUGAAACCUCGCCAAGAGAUGUUGUUGAAACCCCGCCAAGAGAUGUUGUUGAAACCCCGCCAAGAGAUGUUGUUGAAACCUCGCUAAGAGAUGUUGUUGAAACCCCGCCAAGAAAUGUUGUUGAAACCUCGUCAAGAGAUGUUGUUGAAACAUCGCCAAGAGAUGUUGUUGAAACCUCGCCAAGAGAUGUUGUUGAAAACGCAAGAAGAAGGUGCGAAACGUUCUCAAACAGAGCCUUGACUCCGGAAAUGUGGAACUGA